CUCUGUGUAAAAAAAAAUACAAAGAGUGAACACGGCACGAUUUUUGCCCGUGAAACUAUAGUUUAUAAACAAAAAGAAAUUGUUUAGGUAAAAUUCUCGUGUUUUUACUUGUAUUAUAUUUUCUGAUUCAGAGCUUUGUCACUUGUUGCUGCGAUCCACUGUGGGACUGACAUACAUAAAUCAGCUGGAGUGGAAUCAAGUCUGACUUCUUUUUCCGUAGACCUUCAACACCACUCAGUUGACUUGUAGUACUCGAUCUAGUCAGCUGUACUUGACAGCCUUAGCCUUAGCAACUAUAAUCUUCUUUCAAAAGACAUCAAUUUGUUUCUUUGGACUAGUCAAAAGAUGGCCGCCACAUUCCGCUACACCCGCAACUACGUGGGCCCAGUCAAGGCCUGCAUCCUCGACUGGAGCGGCACCACCAUAGACAAGUACGUUCUGGCACCGGCCGUCGUCUUUGUGGACGUCUUCAAGAAACACAAGGUGCCCAUCUCCAUGACGGAGUCCAGACUGCCCAUGGGGCUCCGCAAGGACCUCCACAUCAAGGCCAUCACAGAGCUGCCAGAGGUCAGGCAGAGAUGGAAGGAAGUCCACGGCAAAUAUCCAGACCAGGGAUCCGUGGACGCCAUGUUCAAGGACUUUGUGCCCAUGCAGAUCGCAGCCUUGUCCCAAUACUCGGAGCUCAUCCCUGGGGCAGCAGACGCUGUGAAGACGCUGAAGAAAGAGUUUGGCUGCAAGAUAGGGGUCACCACUGGUUUCACAAGGAGCAUGGUGGACGUUCUGCUGGCUGCUGCCAAGAAGCAAGGGUAUGAACCAGAUGUCAAUGUUGCUGGUGAUGAGGUCAUCCAUGGCGCCAGGCCCAAUCCCUUCAUGGUUUACCGCAACCUUGACCUUCUCAAUGUACCCAACAUUCACUCUGUUGUCAAGGUAGAUGACACUGUCUCAGGUGUGGGUGAGGCCUUAGCCGCCGGAUGCUGGGGUGUGGGCGUGGCCCGCCACAGCAACUACAUGGACAUCAACACCCUGGAGGAGGACACCCAGCUGUCCAGCGAGGAGAUUGAGAAGCGUCUGCUCAAGUCUCGUGACAUUUUGGUCAAGUCAGGGGCCCACUACGUCAUCGAUACGAUAGCCGAGCUGCCCGCUGUUAUAGAGGAUAUCAAUGCUAGAUUAGCCAAUGGUGAAAGGCCAUAGUUCAUUUCCUGCACGCUUGUCAAAGGUUCUCAGUCAUAAAGAUUCAAUAUUCAAAAGUUCAAUUCAUCUCUUGAAUGUAAUUAGAGGACCACCUGUGUAUGUAGACUUCAGUGUUGUUUUGUUAGAAAGUAGAGGGAUACAAGUCAUGUUCAGCGGCUGUUGUUGCAAUAGUUAGUUGUAAAUGACUGGGUUAGGUUUGUAAAGGUUUAGAAUUUACUAUGUAAACCAAAUGUUCUGUUUACUGGAGGUCUUUAUGUAUUAUCUUUGUGGUAACAUUAAGCUGAGUUGUCUCAAUUUUAAUUUAACAAUGGGUUAUGCCCCUUCUUGUGCUGAUAAUUAACACUGUCCUUUCUGUAUGUUGAUGUAGAUAACAUUGAGUUAUGUCCCUGCUUGUGUUGAAACAACUGUCCCUUAUUAAGGGGAAAUAACUUUUUACUUGUUACAUUUCACUGAGUUAUUGUUUUUAGGAUAAAAAAAAUUCCAGCAUAUUUUAACUAUUGACACCUAGCCUAUAGCACACACCUUUAGUUAAGAUUUAUUAGUGUGAAUGUGUGUUGGCUGCUGUUGGAAUAAUGUAAUGCUCUAGGGUCAACAAAAAUGCCAGUUCUCCACAUCUACCUCUCCACUGUGCUGUCUACAAGUUUUACUUGUACCCCAUAAGACACCACCUGUAUAUGUCACUGGGCACGUUUCAGAUACAGAUUGCUUUAGAUUUUGACUCUGCUGAAUUUUUUUUUAGAUCAGUCAAUAAUUUUGUGCAUUACUUCUUGUUUAAAAAUUUCACCAACUUUGUAUAUAUUUACACAAAAUAUUUUUGCAAUCAUUUUGAGUUUUUUCCCUUUAACUUCUGAAUUGUGGUUUGUAGAUUAUCAUCAAAAUUUAAAUUAAUUAUUGAUUCUCAUAUUUUACCAAGAUCAACCAUCAAAUGUACACAAAAUUAGGCCCAGAUCUGUUUUAUAGUUAACACUUUGUCAUUUUACAUUCUUGAUAUUAUUUUGUCUAUACAUGACCUUGCUUAAAGCAUGUCUGCUGAUAUUUACCUUGUUUACAGUUCUUGAAUGUAAGGGAAUGUACUCUGAGUGUCAGCUGUGUAAGGGACUGUACUCUGAAUGCAGCAAGUAUUUGAAUGCACCAUUCCAAAGUUGUGGAGAUUUCUAUAUUGUACUAAAAAUAAAAUUUGUCUACUCUAUAA